CACUUUCUCCGCCUGUCCAUGGCUUCCCAUUCUGGUGCACCUUGCUUCUAGGGUUCUUUUUGAGCUUGAGCUUUACAGUGAAUCUCAAUCUCUCACCGUAUAUGGUUUCCGGCUUCGUUUGAUUAAUCUCAACAAUCGUAUCUCACCUCAUCACAAACAUCUUGCAUUUUCGUUCUAACUCUUUUUUGAGUUGCUGUUCAGAAUUUAUCUGAUUAGUGAUCAAGGUUAUACAAUUCAAAUGGCAUUGGGAGAUUUGACGAUUUCUCAGUUAUCAGCUGUUGUGGAGGAGUCUGAAGAUUAUGAAGAUGGCGACAGAAACAAUGAUGGUAGCUUUACUGUUGUUGCUGCUGAAAAUGAGAUGAAGACGACGACAGAGACAAGUAUGAAUGAUGUACGGCCAUUUGUAUGGUUUCGUGAGCUUCGUCCUGAUGAGUUUGAGGCGUAUGUCCCUCCUUCACCGGCUAAUACUGAUUUGGUCUCUAAGUGGCGGAAUAAGAACCGGGUGGGAUAAGAAUUGUAUAAACUCGCGAAAGCGAGGGAGAGAAAGGCUAUGAAAAGGUUAUUUGGAUGUGCACAAAGUGUUGUUGUAAUUAUAGCUGAGCAAAAAACCCCAAAGAAAAGCUCUUUUACAGUAUUGAUUCUGCUUCAUUAACAAAUUCUUCUUUUUUCCAAAAAAGAAAGCAAAAUUCUGCAGUUAACUUAAUCUCUUGAAUUGAGUUAUUUCCUGCUAUUUCAAAAAUUUGUGCAAAAAGUUCAUCUGUCACCUUGCAAUGAAUGAAAAUGUUAUUCAUUGUUUCAAAAUUCUCUCCACAUAGCUGACACCAGUUGCAGAAUUAGAUUCCCCUUCUCUGGAGGAUUUUUCAUGUGUCAAACAUGCAUUUUUUGGUACCAGCCAUACAGAAACAUUCCACUUUGAAUGGUGCUUUAGUAUUCCAUAUCUGAGUCCAGGCCGAAGAACUUUCUGGGAGCCUUGUACAGGUGAAAAUUUGUAUUAAGAGUUCCAGACAGGACCCCUUUUCCAAUUUCCCAUGUAUUAAGGUUACUUCUUAAUGUGCAGUUCCAAUCACCUUCUUCUUUGUAGCUUGCUCUUGUGGAAUUAGGAUGACUGGUUAAUUUGUACAAGUCAGGAAAUUGGUCUUUCAGAGGGAAGUGACCAAUUCAAAUGUGAGUCCAAAUAGCUAGCUUCCAAUCAUUGCUCACUUUGAUAUUCUCAAUAAGGCAACAACCCUUUCAAUUUCCCUGUCAUUAAGAUUCCUUCUAAAUGUGAAGUUCCAAGUACCUUCUCCUUUGUAGCAGCUAGCUAUUGUGGAAUUAGGAUAAUUGGUUAAUUUGGGCAAGUCAGGGAAUUUGUCUUUUAGAGGGAAGUGACCAAUUCAAUUAUGACUCCAAAAAAGCUAGCUUCCAAUAAUUUCUUUUUGGGUAACUAAAAACUUUAUUUAUCACCAGGAAAGAAUUACAAAGCAGCUAAGUCAACUCAACUAGCUAUUCUAGAAAAUGAACCUAACUAUAAACCAAUUUCUACUGGAUUGGAGAUUAGAUCAUAGGGAGUUAUCUCCGUAUCCAGUUGCGCCUUGACCUUAUACAUCUGUAGUCAUUACAAAAAAAAGUAUGGACUAAUGUCUGAAGUCUUGGAACACAGGUGAGCCACUUCCCGGACAAUGACCGCGACAUCUGCCCUUUAUCCUUCAAAAAUCCUUUGAUUUCUUUCAAGCGAAAUAAAGUGACAUGUUUCUGCAAACACUAUCUUGAACACCUGGGCUAUCUGAGAUUUCCCCUUCCCAUUUGCAAUUCCCCAGUCAACCAUUUGCGACCAUGUGGUUGCAGGACAUUCAUCCUUGUGCAUCCAUUUCAAUAUGGCAUUUCAUACCUUUCUAGUGUAUUCACAUUCUACAAACAGAUGGUCCCUAUCUCCGGGUGGGUAGCACAAAGUGAGCAGUUGGGGCUAACAUCAAUGCCCCAUUUAAUCAAUCUAUUAGACGUGAGAAGCUUUCCAUGGAGAGUGAGCCACCUUGUGAAAGUUGCCUUAGGUCUGGUGUAUUUCAAAACAUUAAAGCUUUCCAAGGAACUUCCAAUCAUUACUCACUUUGAAAGUGAUAUUCUCAAUUGAAGUGUUCUAAUGCUUUUCUUACUGCUACUACAAAUGGUGUAGAAUGUAGAUACACUUUUAGUAUACCAAAGAUAGUCAGCUACCAGUUAUGUCCA